CAAUCAGUUAGAAAUUCCGAGAAAUAUUUUGUUUAGCUAACUAGCGAGUAUACAAUUCACUGUACAGACUACCGAUAUCAGUCUACACAGGCAUUUAAAAGUGGAUGCGAAUAAUGUCAUACUGGAUCUGCUGUAACUCCUGCUUCAUGUCACCUGGAUCUGACCGUCAGCUUGCGGUCACAAACUGUGGUCAUGUCAUCUGUAAUGUUUGCUUUCAAAGAGGAAAGCAAGGAGUGUGUCUCAUUUGCCAAGCAAAAUGUCAGAUCUGCCCACUAUCAGAUAAAAGCAGUUCAGAGGUUCAGGCACUUUUCUCAGAUAUCAACACAGUUGCAGUCAAAUACUCUUCAGAGAUAAGCAAGGUCUCACAAUUCCAGGCAAGACACCUGAAAAGAUUAAUGGCCCACAAUCAGCAGAAGAUGGAGAGAAUGAAGGAGGCUGGACUGAAAAUGCAGCAAGAGAUGCAGAAGAUGUCCAAAAAAAUUGCAGAACAGAAUGCCUACAUAUCAAAAUUAGAGAUGACUCUUCAACAACAAAGUUCUCGUCUGACACCACAGUCUAACCGAGAUUUCCAUUCAGCAAAUCACUUGAGAUCAGCGCCCUCAGUGACAAAAUUGUAUUCUUCUCCACUUUCAAUGUCACCAAAGAUAUGCACGACUAGCUUAGAUGUAGGCAUAGAAGUUGACACCAGAGGGCUCUCUCAAAAGGUACACUUUGCAUAUUUUCUGUAUAUUUUUCCAUGUGUGAUCGAUGAAUUAUACCUAAUUGAGCUUAUGUGUUGUAUAAGCUACUCUGCCCUGCCUUUACUGAACUAAACCUCUCUUUCUCCAUCUAGCAAGAUUUAUUGAGUAGAAUUAGUCUCAUAAGCCCACCACAGAAUGGCUGCAUAGGUUUGUCAACACUAUAUAUAUAUAUAUAUAUAUAUACACAAAAGGAUACAUUUGUUGUAUUAAAUUCUAUUUUUAUUUUAGAUUCCUCUUUAAAAAUUGUUGGUACUAGAGCUUAAAAUACACACUCAUUUCACAACAUCAAAGAUCCAUUCAUGCCGUCUAGUUUGUUCUGCAAUGAAUGGUUUCCUCCAUUUAGGUACUGUUCCUCACAGAGCAUCAAGUCAGAGCACUAUGGGUAGCCAUUCAAUGCCGUUCAGUGCCACUGUCAGGUAUUUCUUACCCAUAAGAAUGACUCUACUGUCUUGUAUCUUGGAAAACCAUUCUAUCUUAGUAUGGAUGAAUGGAGUAACACGAGAAGUAUCUCUUGCAGUAGGAAAUUCUCUAGUGGUCUACGGGACCCUGUGAUGAGUCCAUCCCAUAAUGUGGCCUACCGUAGGGAAUCACCAUGGGAAACGCCUGUAUUCAAACUGCCCUUGGCCUACAAAUACCCCUCUGUGUCCUCCCUGGGACCCCCGACAUGACAUAACAUCCAGUCCAAAAGCAAUACAGCUUAUCACAUUCAAAACACUAUUUUCUGUCUCAAAGCUGUUCAUUUUCGUCUGGCUUUGCAAUGAUGCACAGCAGCAGAUAUUAGAGUAAAAGACAUUAGGCUAAUUACUACAUCAUCUACAUGAGUGCGAAUACACAUGUGCUAACCUGUAAUAGAUUCUCUUUUGAUUAUAUCUGCCUCAUUGUGGAAAGCAAUGGACAUCCGUGUUCUUGUUUUCAUAAAUGUUUCUAUGUACAUGAUUUGUUUGUAAGUGUGAAAUUUAAUAUGCCAUUUUGCGCAUGACUCACAUUGUCAGCAGCGUGUGCUGUUAAUCAAAUACAACAUGUUCUCUUCAGAGUGUUCUGUAACGUGCUAAUGCUGUUUCCCCAAGGUGU